UGACGUCAUUCGGUAGAAUGGAGACGUGGGCCAUGAAAAUGAUUGAUUCUAAUGGAAGACUUCCAGCUGGAUUGUUGGAGGGCACCUUGACCAGCUUAGGAUCCUACGAUCAGUGUUUGGAUAUUGUCUCUGCCAGUAAAGAGUCUAAUGUAUCCACUUUCCAAGGGCAGUAUUGUACUGUUUUACUGCGACCUCCACUACCAGCACGUUCACCAAAAUACAGCAGCAUCGCAGUUGGAGUGAAGGCUCUGUCCAAUUUUUCAAAACCUGGAGAGGUCUUCCACGAUUUUUCCCAGAAUGCCCAAUACUUCUAUUCAGUGGCAAUACGUCUAGGAAUUUGUGUGCCUUCAACGUGUUCACGGUUGGAAGCUCAAAAAGCUGUCAGCAAAGCAAGCGACUGGUUGAGACUAAAAGGAAAUGUUCAGAACUGUGAAACUAAAAAGCCUGUUGAAGUAACAGCUCGGCAGAUUGUAUCUCUACUUACUCCACCUGUCAUCCUCGUUUUAUGCUUAUUGUUUCUUCUACCCUUUUUGGGCUCGGGGCCAAACUGGUUAAAUAUUGUUAUACCGUAUGUUGAAGGUUGCUACUCCACCUGGUGGCGGAAUCUUCUAUACAUCAACUCGUUGUACAAACCUGAACAGUGUCUUGGACAAACGUGGUACAUAUCGUGUGACUUUAUCUUCCAUGUCUUGUCUCUGAUGGUGUUCAUCCCGAUGUUCAGGAAUUCAGGACUAAUAGCAGCAAUUCGCUAUUACAACCCAAUUCACCAUCUAGGGAGUUACUGUAUUGGAUUAUAUGCUGGGUAUGCCAUAGUAAAGAAGAAAUUUGAAAGUAUUUCAAAGUUUUCCGUGAUCCUUGGCUGGCUGUUUUCCAGUUUCCUCUUCCUGUCAGUGAUGUAUGGAAUGCGUAGUUGGAACAGUGGUGUAGAGGGCAGCACAGUAGUAGCUGUAAUGUAUGCUAGCUUACACCGUCCUUUAUGGGCUCUUAGUGUAGCCUGGGUAAUAUUGAUGUGUGUCACUGGGCGUGGAGGCAUCAUCAACAUUCUAUUAUCAUGGAAACCAUUUUUAUCCUUAGACCGUAUGACGUACAUGCUGUAUCUCAUCCACCAUGUAGUCAUAACCGUAUACAAUGGUUACACCAGUUACACUGUUAAUUACAAGCCUAUCACAUAUAUUUACAUAUUUUGUGGACACAUGUUUAUUUCGUACCUAGUUUCUAUUGCUUGCAUUCUGUUAGUGGAAUCGCCGUGUGUAGCAAUUACGAGCAAGUAUUUUUCUUCUCAUAAAAGCGGAAUGUCUUGUGAUGUUAUCAAACAUGACCAAAGAGGGGAUGGUGUGGAGAUGGUACGUGUUGAGUGAGAAGGAGUUAUGAAAUUAAGUUAAAGUUGAACAAAUGUAAUAUAUUAACGGAGAUUCAAAACAGUUUUAUAAACAUUAUAAAGGGAGAAAAAAAAUCUUUGUUGACCGUUGUCACAUUGUGUAAAUAGCAGAAGUUUUUUUUUAAUAUCUAGCAUAUAAUGAUAACCAUCUUAUAACUCCAAACAGAAGUAAUACUCAAGUUAUCCAUUGGUAAAAUACACGAGAGGUGAUAAGGUUUGUUAUUUAGCCCCUUUUCUUUUCAUGUUUUUCACAAAUAGCACUUAUUUAGCCCCUUUUCUUUUCAUGUUUUUCACAAAUAGCACGCGGUAAUGUAACGUUUACACACUACCA